AUGAUGGAAAACAAGGGUAUAUAUGCUUUUCUCAAUUGUCAUCAAGAUGUUUUCUCACGAUUCUUCUGCGAUGAAGGUGUUCCUGAUUGGAUAGCUAAGAAUUUAGGUGCAGACACUCUCAAAGAAUUUCUAUUACCAUUUCCAUUAAAUUUUAAACGAGAACCAGAUACAGAAUAUCCAGUACUCGAUCAAUAUCUACAACAUCCCUUUGCUCAAUACUAUUUCACUCAAGGAGUGAUCAAUGAUUUCAAAGUACUGUGUACAAAUGGUAAUGGUAUUCUCGAAGCAUUUGCUUCAUUCUGGCGUGCAGUAGCUAGUUAUUUUGCUGAUCGCAGUGGCGGAUAUCAUACAGUUGGGUUUGGUCCAUCGAGUGUAUCUUGCUCCGAUGUACAAAAAGUUGCACGAAGUGAUUCGCAAAGUCGAUGA